AUGGCUAGCGGCGCGACGAGCGACGCGUGGCCAUCCUCCCCCUACUCCUCGUCGGCGCCCGACGGGGAGGUGCUGCGCUCCCUGCACCGCCUGGCGCGGGACCUGUCGGCGGCCGAGGCGCCGGCGCCGUUCCUGCGGGCGGUCUUCGCGGCGGUGGCCAGGCGGGCGCGCCUGCUCGCGGCCGUGUUCGACGACCUGCUGCUCUGCGGCGCGGGCGCAGGCCCGCUGCUGCCGCGCUCCGCGUCGCUGUGCCUCCGGGAGCUCCUGCUGGUGCUGCAGCGGUUCAAGGCGCUCGUGGCCGACUGCGCCGCGCGCAGCCGCACGCGCCUGCUGCUCCAGUCGGACGAGGUGGCGGCGCGCGCGCGGGAGCUCCAGCACGACCUGGCCACGCUCCUUGACCUGCUCCCCGUCGCGGACCUCGGCCUCGCCGACGACGUGUCGGACCUCCUGGCGCUCACGUCGCGGCAGUGCCGCCGCGCGGCGGCACCGGAGCUGGAGCUCAAGGCGGGCGUGCUCGCGCUCAUCCAGGAGGUGGAGCGGGAGAUCGUGCCGGAGCGGGAGAGGCUGGAGGGCGUCCUGGAGGACGUGGGCAUCAAUGAUCCCGCCAGCUGCAGCGACGAGAUCGAGACCUUGGAGCGGGAGAUCGGCGACCGCGUCGCCGACAGGUGGACGUCGUCGAUGAUCGCCCUCGUCGGCCUCCUCCGCUACGCCAAGUGCGUCCUCUUCAGUGCCGCCACGCCGCGGCCCGUGGACUCCAAGGUGGAUCUCGACGACGGCGACGGAGACGACGACGCGGAGCCACCGUCGCCGCCGCUGGACUUCAGGUGCCCCAUCUCCCUCGAGCUGAUGGGCGACCCCGUCGUGGCUUCUAGCGGUCAGACGUACGACCGCGACUCCAUCACGCGGUGGUUCGGCUCCGGCAAAUCCACGUGCCCCAAGACCGGGCAGGUGCUGCCCAAUCUGGAGCUCGUGCCCAACAAGGCGCUCAAGAACUUGAUAUCGCGGUGGUGCCGGGAGAACGGCAUCCCCAUGGAGAGCAGCGAGUCUGGGAAAGCCGAGCCGGCGCCGGUGGUGGUAGGCGCGAACAAGGCCGCGCUGAAGGCGGCGCGCAUGACGGCGUCGUUCCUAGUGAAGAAGCUGUCGGCCUCGUUCUCCCCCGAGGCGACCAAGCGCGUGGUGCAGGAGAUCCGGCAGCUGGCCAAGUCCGGGUCCGACAACCGCGCGUUCAUCGGGGAGGCCGGCGCCGCGGGGCUCCUCGUGCCGCUGCUCCUGUCCGAGGACUCAGCUCUCCAGCUCAACGCCGUCACGGCGCUGCUCAACCUCUCCAUCCUGGAGGCCAACAAGAAGCGCAUCAUGCACGCGGAGGGCGCCGUGGACGCGCUCUGCCACGUGAUGUGCUCGGGUGCCACGUGGCGCGCGAAGGAGAACGCCGCUGCCACGGUCCUCAGCCUGGCGGCCGUCCACACGUACCGCCGCCGGCUCGGCCGGAACCCGCGCGUCGUCGACAGCGUCGUGCGGCUCGCGCGCACGGGGCCCUCCAGCACCAAGAAGGACGCGCUGGCGGCGCUCCUGUGCCUGUCCGCCGAGCGGGAGAACGUCGCGAGGAUCGUCGACGCCGGCGCCGCGGAGGCCGCGCUGUCCGCGAUCGGCGACGCGGAGGCCGCGGCCGCGGUGCUGGCGUCGCUGGCGAAGCGCGGCGGCGCGGAGGCGAUCGUGGCGCUGGACGGCGCCGUGGCGCGGCUGGUGGCCGAGAUGCGGCGCGGUACGGAGUGGUCGCGGGAGUGCGCGGCGGCCGCGCUGGUGCUGCUGUGCCGGCGCGCGGGCGCCGCCGCGGCGUCUCAGGUGAUGGCGGUCCCGGGCGUGGAAUGGGCCAUCUGGGAGCUGCUGGGCACAGGCACGGACCGCGCGCGCCGCAAGGCCGCGUCGCUCGGCAGGGCGUUCCGGCGGUGGGCUGCGGCCGCCAACGCGGAGCAGGGCACAGAGUGCCCCACCUCCGGCGACGCGACGGCGCUGACGAUGGCGUCGUGA